UCCAGCGCGUCUGGAAACCAGGGACGGAGCACGAGCGUUUAGGGAGAGAAACCGUCGACAAGAUCCACUCUGCGUGUUUACCUGAUCUACUGCUCGCUUUCAAACUACUUCAGUGACCGAUAGACUUUUGAUUUUCUAUCACCGGCAGCUCCCCCUCGCUUUUUCCCUCCUCUUUUCCAAGUGAACUUUAAAGGGAUGUUAAACGAGAGCAUCACCGUGCUGCUGAAUGCAAACACAGUGCUGAACUGAGUCUAAGACGGAUGUUCUAUUCUUUUACUUUUUCUCUUUAACACACAAAAGGAAAAAAGAGGGAGGUAGAGAGAGAAAGAGAGAGCGCGUGAGUGUGCAGGAGAGAGAGAGAAGUCGCACCGGUUUUUUGGAGCUACGCUUUCAUGCCGUCAGUCUUGCGGACUCUGAGAUGGACGUCAGAUUUUAUCCAGUUCCCCCUUCAAGCGUGGGUUCAUGUACGUUACCGACUGACUCCGGUUUGGACUAUUACCACUCCAACAAGAACAAUGCAAAGAAGAGCACAUGAGCAAAGCAUCGAUUUGUGUUUGUGCUACGAGCCCCGCGGCUCUGCUGCUCCUCUCAACUCCAUCCAACUCUCGUUGUCCUGCACUUGCACAAUCACCAGCAGAUACGGUCCUGCAGAUCGAGGUGUGAGGCUCUACAGUUCCCUGCCCAUGCGCCCAAACCCUGACGGCAAGAGACUUCCCUCCACUGGGUUUGAUGGUGACAACAUGUACAUGAAUGAAAACAACCACGAGUUCCUCCCGCCAAACCAGAGCUACACAGGUCAGACUGGUGGCGGCGGCGGAGGAGGCGGAGGUGGAGGAACGGCCAGUGGAAACGGAGCUGGGGACGAGGACUACGAGAUCCCCCCCAUCACCCCACCCAACCACCCCGAGCCUCCCCUGCUUCACCUGAUGGAGCACGACUCCACAGGGUACCUCUGCCACUCGCUGCCACAUAAUGGGCUCAUCAACCCGUACUCGUACCCCGAGCUGCCCACACUCAUGAUGUCCAACAUGCUGGCACAGGACAGCCACCUCGUCUCCAGCCAAAUGCCCUCGAUGCAGGAGAUGGCUUUGCACCACCACCAACAGCAACACCAUCACCAGCACCCAGACGGCGCUCAUUAUGACCCUGCCCGUCACCACCACCACCACCACCACCACCCCCUGAUUAACAGCUCACCUCCGAUACUGCCCAACCCCAUGAGCGCUCUGUCCCAGCUGAACCCUCAGGUCAGCCGGGGCGCUCUGCCUCACGGCUCCCCCUCACCUCCCGGAAGUAAAUCGGCCACACCCUCCCCCUCCAGCUCCAAUCAGGAAGAGGAGACUGAUCCUCAUUCAAAGAUCACGGGCGAGAAGCGGCCGUCUUCAGAAAUGAUGAAGCCCAAACCCAAACCCCAAAAGAAGAAGAAGAAGAAGGAUCCCAACGAGCCGACGAAGCCUGUGUCAGCCUACGCCCUCUUCUUCAGAGACACCCAGGCAGCCAUUAAAGGGCAGAACCCCAAUGCCACCUUUGGAGACGUAUCCAAGAUAGUGGCCUCCAUGUGGGACGGGCUGGGAGAGGAGCAGAAACAGAGCUACAAGAGGAAAACAGAGGCUGCUAAGAAGGAGUACCUGAAAGCCCUCGCCGCCUACAGAGCCAGUCUGGUUUCCAAGACAUAUAAUGACCCUGUGGAGACAAAAAAUGCCCAAACAAGCCAGGCCUCUCCUCACAUGAUGCCAGCUAACCCGCCCCUGUACAGCGUGCCACCUCCUCCCCAGCCGUCGUCGCCCUACCUGGGACCGGGGGCCUUCCCUCUCACCGACCUGCAGAGCUACGCUGGACACGCCCCUCGCCACACACUGUCGCAGACGCUCAGCCAAUCGCAGAUGCUGCCCAGCAUUAGUGCCUCUCCCCCCUCCUCCUUCCAGAUCAGCCCCCCUCUGCACCCCCACCAGCAGCUCUCCCUGCACCAGAGCUCGCUCCUCAACCAGCCUGUCCGCAUGCAGCAGGUCCAGUCCCAGCCAAUCAUCUCUCACCAGAUGGGGCUGCAGGCCUCUCUUCACUCCCCUCCUCCUGGGCAGCAGGGUUUUUCCCACCUUCAGUCAGAGUAUCAGAAGAGCAUUGGGGGUUCCCAGUCUCCAGGAGCUUCUGGCCCUGGUCCAGGACCGGGAGUGGCUCAGAGCCAUGACUGGGACAGUGAAUACUGCAAUCGGGAGUGUGGCAACCACUGCAGUGGCAGCAUGAUUGGCAGGGACAAGCCCCUCUACCUCACCUGAAAACUGAAGAUCAUGCUCUGUCGACAAAUACGACACUGAGGAGUCUACUCUCACCCCUCUAAUUCCCCCCACCCGAUCGCCCUCACCCAUAUCGACCCCCCUCGACCUUCUUCUGAUGCACACACUUACAUACAGUUCACACCUAACAUACACUGACACACAUGCACACAUACAUAAUCCACCUCCCAGGCACCACCACCACCACCACCACCUUUCUUUGUCAAUGUAAUUAUGAUUUCUCUGGGUUUCUAGAAGAACUUGUGAGCAGAGAUUCUUUUGACUAGAUGACUGCUGUCUGUACCACUUCAUGUAUUAGCAGUCCUCUUGCUGUUGAAAAAUUUGCCAAGCACUUAUGAACCCCCCCUCCCUCCCCUCUCUCCCCCUUUGUCUCCCCUCUUGAGUUGUGUUUCUGCAACCUCUCUUAAUGCAGGCAGGGCCGAAGAGCUCUCCUCUUCAUCAGAGUCCCCUCAGGGGCCCCAUCCAGCUUUAAUUAGAAUGAGAAGAAACAAAAAUACUCUUCCUCUUCUUUAAUCAUUUCCAUUUCCUUUUUGUUGUUGUUGUUGUUGCUGUUUUAUUUAUUUCUGGCUUGCUAAAUUGUUCUUUUUUUCUUUUAUUUUGCCAACAAGCGUCGGGCCCUGUACUGUAGAAAAUAUUAACUUCUAGUAGGCUCCACGCAGGCUUAGAUGUUAUGGUAGCUUUGCUUAAGGGCCUGUAAAUGAAUACAAAAGGCUUGGGUUUGGGACGAGAAACAAAACAAAAAGAUUUUUUUUAAUAUUAAAGACCUGUCGGGGUCUGCUGAGCUGUCACAGUGUGAUUGUAAAUAUCACUUUUAUGGGAUCAAAUUGGGAAUUGGAAGUCCAGAUAGAUUUGUUUCUUCUUUAAUAUUACAUGUAAGUCAUUCUGUGUGCGUGUGCGUGUCUGGACGUUCGAAUGUAGCCCAUUCAUGACGUGUGCAGCUGAGCGUGCACGCUCCCACGUGCACGUUUACUCACAUCGGCGGCGUAGUGUCGAGUCUUUCUCGUGAAUUUUAACAGCCCUGUGCAGCUGGAUUUCAGAGGAGUAUUUCACACUCUCGUUCUUGCAUUAAAUCUGUGCUCACUGGUGUGUUUUUUUCCAAUAAAGUUCAAUCUAAAACUGAAUACACAAUAUGUGUCCUGCAGAUCAUUAAAUGGAAAGAGCCAGGUGAGAGAUGAGGAGGGAAAAAAGAGAGAAAUGCGCUGAGAUAAAUGAGAUAUAAUGCUGCAGGUGGGGAAAAAAAAGAAAAAGAUAUUGCCUCAAAUUCCUCCCCCCCUCCUCCACCCUCCCUCCCCUCCUCCCUUAUUUCUUAUUUCGUCUGACCAUAAUGUCAAUUCCUGUCUCCUCGACAUGCAGAAGUGAAGUAAUGAAAUAUGUGAAUGGAGCCAUCACAUCCACAUGACGGUGAUUUUUUUAAUAUAAGUUUCUAGUUGGUGUUUGGUUGUGUUGAUCUCAUCUUUUUAACUCUUUUGUGUGAUUAACAGAAAUGCAUUUUUGCUGACAAAGACAUCUGUAUUUAUCUCUUUACUGUAGCAGCAUUUCAGUUUUAGUUGUUACAGGACUUUAACAUUUUAAGUUGUGUAAAAAAGAAAAAAAGAAAUGAAAAACAACCUGCCAAUUGUAGUUAUUUUAUUUGUAAAGCCAGUAAUGAUAAAUAUUUUAAAUGGUUAUCAAUAUAUUGUUUUUUCCUCGCUAUAGUUGCCCAUCAGCCAUUGGACAGGUUUUCUUAUUUAUGAGAAAUUGGAUCACAUUUUGCUUCUUAAAAUGGAGUUGUAUUUUUAUUCUAAUUUUGUUGUUUUUUUCCCUCUGGUUUGAUAAAGAUAAAUGAUGACCACAUUUUUUCUUUGUUUUUUACAUUUUUGAUGCUGCUCCUCUUUUUUUUCCUUGCCAGCAGCAUCUGUUUGUGUCACAAUGCUUCUUUUAUUUUAAAC